CCUCUGCUUAAAUAGUCCAAUUACCUGCCUGUGUUUUACACACUGACACUGACACUGAGACUAGAACUCUUGCACUCCUGAUAUCCGUGGACACAAGUUAUAACAGCACGAUGGACUGGUGGAUUAUGCUGACUUUCAUGUGCCUAAUUUUGGCUCCGAAAGCAAUUUCACAAACAACUGGAACUACAACCACAAGUCUGGCUACAACAACCACUACAGCUGCCACUACAACAACCACAAGUUUACCUACAACAACUACUACAGCCGGCACUACAACAACCACAAGUCCGGCUACAACAACUACUACAGCGGGCACUACAACAACCACAAGUCCGCCUACAACAACUACUACAACAGCCACCACAACAACCACAAGUUCGUCUACAACAACUACUACAAGUGGCACAACAACAACCACAAGUUCACCUACAACAACUACUACAAGUGGCACUACAACAACCACAAGUUCGCCUACAACCACAACUACAAGCGGCACUACAACAACCACAAGUUCGCCUACAACCACAACUACAAGCGGCACUACAACAACCACAAGUUCGCCUACAACCACAACUACAAGCGGCACUACAACAACCACAAAUUCCACUGCAAACACAACUACAAGUGGCACUACAACAACCACAAAUUCAACUGCAAACACAACUACAACCGGCACUACAACCAUCACUACAACAGUUGCACCGGCUGCGACUUUCAGCUUGAGCUUUAAGAUCCUUCAAACAUUUGUUCCAGCGCUGUCUAAUUCCAGUUCUCCAGAGUUCAUAUCACUGGCUAAAAAUAUCACAGAUCAGGUGACACCAAUAUACAAGGCAAAAUUUAAGAACUUCCUCCGCAUUAGAAUUCUCUCAUUUAAGAAUGGUUCCAUUGAUACAAAUAGCGAGUUGUCGUUCAGUUCAUCUACUAAUGCCAACAACGUGAUAUCUGCCUUCAACGAGUCACUUAGCAACUUCACUUUUCAGGUUGAUCCAGCUUCGCUCAGUGUCAAGGAGACGACCCCAACAACCACGACUGCUUCACCAAUAAGUCAAGUUUUCAGCUUGAUCUUCAGCAUCAAUAGCACCUUCUUCGCAGCGCUGGCUGAUACGUCCUCCUCACUGUUUGCAGCAUACGCUUCAAAUAUCACUUCUCAGAUCGAACCCUUAUACAGAACAGCCUAUUCGAACUUCGCCCGCAUGCAGAUUCUCACAUUUAGCAAUGGUUCAACCGUGGUCCAGAGCCUCCUGUUUAUCAAUUCUAAUGGUUCAGAUGUUAAUGUCACCAGUAUUAGGAACACACUGAUCAAUGGACUGAACAGCUUGAACUUUACUGUGCUUUCGAACUCCGUCACUGUCACCCAGACCUUUGGUAACUCCAUGUCCCCAGUGAUCGGCAGCCCACUUUCCAUGAUGUGGAUGUCACUUCUAUCACUCCUACUUACAGUCGCAUUGCGUCAUUAG